GCUGGUUUCGCCCGGCUUCUCCGCCGGCGCCCUCCCUCCCUCCCUCUCCUCCUUCCCCGCUGCUUUCUCCAGGCAAGGGAGAAUGGGCUUGCCCAGCCGUCGCACCCCGCCCACGCCUCCGAUUCUUGACGGUGCGUCGCCUGCCUGCAUCCCGCCCUCGCCGUGACUCUCCCUCUCGCCAGGCGCUCUUCGGCACUGCAGCAAGAGGCAGCGCGCGCUGCGCCGGGGAGCCCGCGCGCACAGCCACUUUCCCGCCUCCCUCCUCCUCCUCGGGCUCUUGUCACGCCUCGCGCUCCUGCCUCAGGAGAGAGGAGCAGAGGGCGGGCGCGGUGCGUCGGGACUGAGUGCGGGGGGGAAACACCACCAGACGCCGCCACCUCCGUGGAGCCGCAGCAGCGCUUACCACGCCGCGCUCGGAGCGGCGACGGGAAGCGAGGGAGGCGGCUGCGGGCUGCAAUUCCAGCCGAUCUUGUUUUGGAACCGAAUGUGUCUUGGGAGUCUCUUGCUGCUGCUCUCCAGCACACAAUAGUUCCCUUGCACACGGAAUCAGUUCAGUCACACAUUGAUUAACACAAGAUGGAUGGAGCUUACAAGAUGGAAGAUAAUACUUCAUUAGUGAGAGGGGCUCAGGACAUUGCCAAGGUAGUCAAGAAACAGACAGGGAGGAAAGGGAAUGCAGUUGUAGAGAAGGCUCAAGACGAAUAUACGGAAAGAUCUUACAAUAGAUUCCAAGGCAGAGAAGAUGAUGAAUACUAUACCCAAGAAGGAAAUUACGGUGGGGAGGCGAAUGAAGAUGAAGGAUCAAGUGACGCGACUGAAGGGCAUGAUGAAGAUGAUGAGAUUUAUGAGGGGGAAUAUCAGGGAAUCCCAAAUGCGACCCAGAACAAGGAUGGGAUCGGAGCCUUAGGUCAGCCCGUACGAGACGACUACAAAGAUCGUCUUGAACUGGAAACGGAGAGAAAAGCUGAUGAAGAAGAAUUGGCACAACAGUAUGAGCUCAUCAUUCAGGAAUGUGGGCAUGGACGUUUUCAGUGGGCCCUCUUCUUUGUUCUUGGGAUGGCGCUGAUGGCUGACGGGGUGGAAGUUUUUGUGGUUGGAUUUGUAUUGCCCAGUGCUGAGACAGACAUGUGUAUCCCUAAUUCUGGAUCAGGAUGGCUUGGUAGCAUAGUAUACCUUGGGAUGAUGGUGGGGGCAUUCUUCUGGGGAGGCUUGGCAGACAAGGUGGGAAGGAGACAGUCUCUUCUCAUAUGUAUGUCUGUCAAUGGAUUCUUUGCCUUCCUUUCAUCAUUUGUCCAGGGCUAUGGCUUCUUUCUCUUCUGUCGUUUACUUUCUGGAUUUGGGAUUGGAGGAGCUGUUCCAGUUGUAUUCUCCUAUUUUGCUGAAGUUCUUGCUCGAGAAAAACGUGGAGAACACUUAAGUUGGCUUUGCAUGUUUUGGAUGAUUGGGGGCAUCUAUGCAUCUGCCAUGGCCUGGGCAAUCAUCCCUCACUAUGGAUGGAGUUUCAGCAUGGGAUCUGCUUAUCAGUUUCACAGCUGGAGAGUGUUUGUUAUUAUGUGUGCUCUGCCCUGUGUUUCCGCUGUGGUGGCACUUACUUUCAUGCCAGAAAGUCCAAGGUUCUUGCUUGAGGUUGGGAAACAUGAUGAAGCUUGGAUGAUUCUCAAACAAAUUCAUGAUACAAACAUGAGAGCUCGUGGUCAGCCUGAAAAAGUUUUCACAGUUAACAGGAUAAAAACUCCCAAACAAAUAGAUGAGUUUAUAGAAAUAGAAAGCGAUACAGGAACCUGGUACAAGCGGUGCUAUGUCAGAGUGCGUACAGAGCUGGAUGGUAUUUGGUCAACUUUUAUGAGGUGUUUCACUUAUCCCGUCAAGGACAGUACAACCAAACUUGCAGUAGUAUGGUUUACUCUUUCUUUUGGAUACUAUGGAUUGUCAGUCUGGUUUCCAGAUGUGAUUAAGCAUCUACAAGCAGAUGAGUAUGCUUCUAGAAGGAAGAGUUUUGAAAAUGAGAUAAUAAAAGACUUUGACUUCAACUUUACUUUGGAAAAUCAGAUUCACUACAAUGGAACAUUCGUCAAUGACAGGUUCACAAUGAUGAAAUUCAAAGCGGUUACAUUUCAAGAUACUGUCUUUAACACCUGUUAUUUUGAAGAUGUUACUACGCUGAAUACGUAUUUCAGGAACUGCACUUUUGUGAGGAGCAUUUUCUUCAACACAGAUCUUGAACCAUAUAAAUAUCCUGGCAGUCAAUUUGUAAACUGCACAUUCAUUCACAACAAGACAGGAUGUCAAAUAUCCUUUGACGAUGAUUACAGUGCCUAUUGGAUUUACUUCGUUAAUUUCCUGGGGACUUUAGCUGUACUACCAGGGAAUAUUGUCUCCGCUCUUCUGAUGGACAGAAUUGGGCGUUUAACAAUGUUAGGUGGUUCUAUGAUUCUUUCUGGAAUUAGCUGCUUCUUCCUGUGGUUUGGUACAAGUGAAUCCAUGAUGAUAGGCAUGCUGUGUCUGUACAAUGGCCUCACCAUCUCGGCGUGGAACUCCCUUGAUGUCAUCACUGUGGAGCUUUAUCCUUCAGACAGGAGGGCAACAGGCUUUGGCUUUUUAAAUGCACUAUGCAAAGCAGCAGCUGUCCUUGGAAACCUUAUAUUUGGUUCCUUCGUUAUCAUCACCAAAUCGAUUCCUAUCCUCUUGGCUUCCUCGGUUCUAGUAUGUGGAGGCUUGGUAGGACUUCGGCUCCCAGACACCAGAACCCAAGUGCUGAUGUAACUUGGGAAGGAUUGUGGAUCAAAAGCCAUUCCCAGUUUGUUUUCUUCCCUUUCCAAGUAUCAGAUCUCCUGGCUGGAUGGGCAAAGGCUUCAGAUUCUCAGUGCAUGGAAGGUGACUGUAUAGCAGAACUCCCACUAACAUAAUGAAAUCACUGUAACAGAUUUAAGCCCUUUCCCAAGGUGCUUCUUCAUUCAUUCAACACACAAAAGGGGGGGACAGUACCCUGCCUGCUUGCCCCACCCACUCCACCCUCUGACUCUCACACAUUCAGCAAAAGUCUGGAGGAGGAAACCUCCAUUGGUAGUCUGCUCUGUGUGAUUGAAUACCACCCUCUAGUUGUACAGGAUUCC